AUGCACAAGCGGGACCUUGUUGCUGGUCUUCCCAGGGUGCUCCCUCCCCUUCCCGACUCGCCUGCUCCUCCCUGUAUUCCCUGUGUCGAGGGACGGCAGCGCGCCGCUCCUCACUCCUCCUCCUUUCCCCCGACGACUGCUCCCUUGCAGACGCUCCACAUGGACGUGUGGGGCCCAGCCCGCGUCCGUGGUCAGGGUCAGGAGAGGUACUUCCUGAUAGUUGUUGACGACUACUCGCGCUACACCACGGUCUUCCCCUUGCGCGCCAAGGGUGACGUCCCUGGUGUUUUGAUCCCCUGGAUCAGCCGAGCCCGUCUCCAGCUAGCCAAGCGCUUUCACUCGGACUUUCCUGUCCUGCGCUUGCACUCUGACAGGGGUGGUGAGUUCGCCUCCGACCUCUUGGCAGCCUACUGUGCUGAGCACGGCAUUGAGCAGUCGUUCACGCUUCCGGCCUCUCCACAGCAGAAUGGGGUCGCUGAGCGCCGCAUUGGCUUGGUCAUGGAGGUCGCUCGUACCUCCCUGACCCAUGCGGCUGCUCCCCACUUUCUGUGGCCGUUUGCGGUCCGGUACGCAGCGCAUCAGCUCAACCUCUGGCCCCGUGUCUCCUUGCCGGAGACUUCCCCGACUCUACGGUGGACGGGAGAGGUUGGCGAUGCGUCGCGUUUCCGGGUCUGGGGAUCUCGAGCUUUUGUCCGCGACACGUCCGCGGACAAGCUCUCGCGUCGCGCUGUUCCCUGUGUCUUUCUUGGCUUUGUUCCCGACGCGCCUGGAUGGCAGUUUUACCACGUCACCUCGCGCCGGGUUCUGGCCUCUCAGGACGUCACUUUUGACGAGUCCGUCCCCUUCUACCGCCUCUUCCCCUACCGCACUGCCCCGCUCCCCCCCCGCCUCUCUUCCUCGCUCCAGGUAGACCCGGGUGAGCCUGUCGAGGUAGCUGUUGACUCGCGUCCUGCGUCUGGGGGUGCUGAGCCUGGGGGUGCUGAGCCUGGAGGUGCGGAGCCUGGGGGUGCUGAGCCUGGAGGUGCGGAGCCUGGAGGUGCGGAGCCUGGAGGUGCGGAGCCUGGAGGUACUGAGCCUGGGGGUGCUGAGUCUGGACGUGCUGAGUCUGGGGGUGCUGAGUCUGGGGGUGCUGAGCCUGAGCGUGCUCCACCUGGAGGAGCCCUCUCCUCCCAGCAGCUGCAGGAGAGGUACCUCGAGUACUGCCGCCUCCGGAGAGGUGCUUCUGGAGCUCGUCCCGGUACUUCCCCUCCUACCCAGGAGCUCCCCCCCAUUCAGGUGAUCCGCGAGUGGUACACGCGGCGCUGCAGUCUUCGUAGUGGUGCUCCUGGUGCUGCGGACCCGAGCGGUGGUGCUGUUGCUGGUGCUGAGGACCCGGACGCUGGAGCUGCUGCUGGUGCUGAGGACCCGGGGGCUGGAGCUGCUGCUGGUGCUGAGGACCCGGGCGUUGGAGCUGCUGCUGGUGCUGAGGACCCGACCGGUGGCGCUGCUGCUGGUGCUGAGGACCUGACCAGUGGCCCUGCUGCUGGUGCUGAGGACCCGGGCGUUGGAGCUGCUGCUGGUGCUGAGGACCCGACCGUCUGA